ACACCUAUUGCUUUAACCUUGCCAUUGAUUGCAACGAAAUUGAAGGUUUCCCUGCCUAUAGCGUUCGUGGGGACUGCAGCUGCUAUCAUAGGAAAUUUAGUUGGGACAGUACUUUCCUUCUUUCUGAAGAGGUUUAAAAUUUUGAAAAGAUUUUCAAAACAAAGUUUGAUGUUUAUGCUGACAAUGGUAGCUAUAUCCGGUCCACUUAUUGGUAUUUGUGUUGUGCCUGUUCAACGUUAUUAUUAUGUUUAUAUCUUCAUUAAUCUUGUCGUCAUGUUAUGUCAAGUUCUGUCAGACAACAUGAGGGAUGAAUCAAUUCCAACGGUAUUUGGACGACCAAACAUUCGGAUAACGCAAAGCUUUUUGAUCAUGUUUGUUGGAGUUGCAAGCUUAAUAGCUGGUGGCAUUCAAGAGGGUGUUGAAAAGAAUAAUGAGAGAAGUGGUUGGGCAGUAAACCUUCAAGUGGGCGGGAGUUUUCUCAUUAUCGUAGGGGUUGUUACAGCAACUCUCAUUACUCUUCAUAAGAAGGGUGAAUUCAAAUUGUUAGAAGAGGCAGAUGUACGGUCAUCUAAUGAGUAUACAAAAACAAAAGACAAAAAACAACCCGGAACAAACGGUGAGACAAAACAUGAAUCUGGCGAUGAUUUACCAAAAGAUAAUGAUAAAAUAUCGAUGCCAGUUGAAAGUGAAAAGUUACAUUCUGAUGAUACACAAACAGGAAAUUACAAUCGACAUGCAAUGCCAAAUAGAUCAAAAAGUCGAUCAACUGAAACCCCAAACACGAGUUCGGCUCAGGCUUCUUGUGAAACUGAAAGACAGGAACAUGUCUAUGGUAUUCCGUCUAGACAAUCUUCAAUUAAAAGGAUGAAUGGAAACAACGGAGGACACGAAAGUGACAGAAUGAAAAGUGUUUACGGUUUGUCGCCUCAAAGGCAAUCUUCAAAAGGAAUGAUAAACAAAAAUGUAGCGGAUCAAAUACCAUCUGAUGCAAGUAUGCAUCAUAAAAAAUCCAACCACUAUGAAAAUGUACCUGGUUUUCCAUACGCAGGUAAAUCGUUGACAGGUUUGAGACAACCAUUUCCCAAUAACGAUCCUUACAAAAGAACCAUCGCAUCAAAAACUUAUGUUGAAGAACAGAUGACUAAUGCUGGUAAUCCUUUGUAUUAAACUGUCUUGUAUAAUUAUGUUUUCAAAAAUUGUAAGCUUAUAUCAUUUUAUUUUAUACACUAUACAGACAUUCUUAUAUUUCUUUAAAAUAAAACAUACAC